AUGAGCACCACAGAUACUAUCACCUCACUGCAGAGUGCGUCUUUGCUUGGUCUCAUGGCCACGGGUUUACUGCUAGGUCUAGUGCACGUGCUCACGGGUCCUGACCACUUGAGCGCGCUCAUUGUGCUGAGUGCUGGAUCGUCUUGGCGCUCGUGUCAAUUGGGUAUGCGCUGGGGUUGUGGCCAUUCGACGGGACUUGUCGUCGUAACGGCGUGUUUUCUGCUGCUUAACCAGCACUUGGACGUGAACAAAUUUGGCAGUUACUGUGACUUUAUGGUCGGCUUCCUUAUGAUGGGACUGGGGCUCUGGAGUCUUCGUUACUACUGGCUGCUGCGUCGGACACUUCAGCUCAAGCAAAACCAAGAGACGUGCCCGCUGCAAGAUGAAGAGGAGAUGAGACGGAACAGUUACAGCGAUAUAGAAGUGCAAAAGAUAGUACAGCUGCACCAUCUGGACCAUCAAGGUCCACCACCGUCUUCUGACGAACAGACGGUCAAAACCUGCUGUUUUGGACUCAUUAAGGCGGAUAUCAAGAAUCCAAGUACACAGAAACUUACGGCUUUUGCAUACGGUACAGCUCAUGGACUGGCGGGUACAGGAGGUAUCUUGGGAGUGCUACCAGCUGUGAUUCUCAAUGACUGGAUCAAGUCGUCUGCUUAUCUUGGCGCGUUCUGUCUGUCCUCCAUCCUUACUAUGGGUGGAUUCGCGGCAUUGUACGGAGAAAUCACGGGCCGUAUGAGCCGCUUCUCGGACUCAUCGCUCGUGCGCGUCGGUAUCUUUUCAUCUUGUGUGUCGCUGUUUGUGGGCAUCAUGUGGGUCAUUCUCGUCUCGACAGGCACUUUGGACGAGGUCUUCGGGUAG